UUUUUCCAAACCUUGCUUCUACUUAUUUACUACAAUAAUAAUCCAAGGACACAUAUUUCGGUUGUGAAUUUCACUUUGACCUGUGCGCCACAUAUGCAAUUAUUGCCUUUGGCUAAACCGUUAUUGUGGUCACAGUUCGGUAAGAAUGACAUUGUCGCUGUUGAAGGAUACGAAAAGGAAACUGAGCGACGUUUACACUGGACAACGACUGAUUGGCUUGUAAAGCACAAAUGCGCCGUAAAACUGCAUAACAUCACCACAGCUGACGGCUAUGAGUUUCUGUUGCAUCGCAUACCCAAACCAGGCAAUCAUCCGGUAUUGUUGGUACACGGUUUGCUGACAUCAUCACUUUCUUCGAUACUACUCGGACCGCGAGUCAGCCUGGCAUUUCUGCUGGCAGACCGCAAUUGCGAUGUUUGGCUUGCGAAUUUGCGUGGCUCUUCAUAUGAACGCCAUUACAGGCAGCUAGAAAAUAAAGCCCUAGACUAUUGCGCAUAUGACAUUCCCGUCGUAAUGGAUCACAUUGGGAACGCAAACUCUUUCCAGAAGUUGCUGGUCUAGCUGGUAACCGUUGCGCUGAAUGCAUUUUUGGUUCUCUGUUCUGUUCACCCCGAGUACAAUGAGCGCAUUCUGUUAAUGCAAGCUUUAGCCCCAAUUGUGCAGCUUCAUGGUUUUGUGCGUUUCAAAUCGGAGGAUGUCCGCCGCUUGUUAAGACUAGUUCGCGCAAGUUGGAAAAAGGGGUCCUAUGAGCUCCGUCCUGGCUAUCUACGUAAUAAGUGUCUAAAAAUCGGUUUUGACGACCAUCAGGAGUGUCUAAAAAUCAUGAAAACUUUUGCUGGCAGUAAGCGUUACUCGAAAUCAAUUUAACCUCUUCUUUAUGGCCAACUUUUACAAGGUGCUUCUCUAAAAGAAAUCAAGCAUCUACAACAAAUAUGGGAUUCUGGCGAUUUCGUUGCCUUUCACUACGAUGUGGAGGGUAAUCGCAAGUGUUAUAAUUCUGUGGAACCAUACAAUUAUAAUCUCAAUCUAAUAAUCUCACCGCAUCUGCUCUAUUUCAUAAAAAGCGAUGCCAUAGCAACGCUCGAGGGCGUGCAUAGCAUUUACUCACGUCUAUUAAAUGCGGUGGCCGGUGUAUAUCGGUUAUACGCCGUCAAAUUUAAUCAUAUCGACUUUCUAUGUGUGAGCGAUGUAAAAACUUUGGUCAACGAUAGAGUCAUCGCUAUGAUGGAACAACACUUGGCCGGUAAAUUGUCAUACGUAAUUGAAUGA